AGCACCGCGUGCUGUGCGAAAUACUUUUCUACUUCUUACAGAUUCCUUGUACCUGUACAUUCUUUCUCAUCAUAUAACUUCUCUUCUUAUCGAAAACAAAAUAAUGGCGGAAUUAGUAGGAGGAGCUGUGCUUGGGGCAGUAGUAUCAGGAUCACUGAAAUCAGUUAUUCAUGCGAAAAAUAGGUUGAAAAGUUUCAAACCUUCCAUAGAACAACUCAAUCCCACUCUAGAAUUAGUGAUAAGCAAAGUUGAAGAGAUCAAAGGAAUAGAUCAAAUUGAUAAAGGGCCAGAAACAAGCUAAUUGAUAAUGAAAUUAAAAGAAGGAAAGGCCCUAGUUGAAGAGUGUGCAGUGUGAAAUCCUGGAAUUAUUACUCGCAACUCAGGUACUCAAAGAAGAUACUUGAAAAGGUUCUUCCAGAUGGAUGUGCAGGCAGAUAUGUGGUGCGAUAUUAAACAGAUUAAACAGAUACUGGUGGGUGUGGUGACUCUUUUUGACCACAAAUUAGAUUUGCUAAGAACAGAGAUAGGAACCAGCACUAGUACCAUGAACGCUGGAGCUACAGAUGGUGAUCCUGUUUCAGAAAGGAAGACAGAUGACCAGAGGUACACUAGAGGUUUUGCUGGUCGAUGCUUCUAAUCUCAAAGACACCGAUUUUUUCGGAAAAAUGGACCCUUACGUAAUAAUUCAGUUCUGUAAUCAGAAGGGAAAGAGCACUGUUGCCCGUGGAAAAGGAAAAGCACCAGUGUGGAACGAAAAAUUUACAUUUGAUGUGGAGUAUCCUGAUAAUAUUAGAGAUGAACAUCACCAAUAUAAACUCGAUCUCACCAUCAUGGACAAAGAUAGGUUCAGCACGGACGACUUUGUAGGCGAAUGGACCCAUACCAGUUACCAUCCUCGUCAUACUUGGCUGGAUCAUCGCUGUCGUCGCUGAAGUAUCUGCCAGAAUAGUAUUCAUCUUCUUCUUGCAGUCUCCGAUUCUGAGCUUCUUCUUCCAUUAUCUCAUUCAAAGCUUAUUCAUUCAUCAUCCCAUUGUAGGUUUCUUGUUCCAUCAUUUCAUUCUCAACUGCCAUUUGACCUGCAGUACCAUCUACAGGGCACUGAUAUAUUACUUCUUUUAUUACUUCCUUUUCUUCCGGUACCGGAAUUUGUUCAGCUACCAGCUCGUCCUCAAAUUAUUGUGUUUCUCACCUUGGUUACUAUUACUUCCUAAGAAAAAUCAUAUCCCAGAACUUGAGAUGUCAUCUCCUUCUUUUCCAAAAACAUUCUUUCCUUUAUCUGCCAUUAUUUUUGGGGUAGAGCCAAAAUCACAAAGGUUAUGUGGCUGGCCAAAAAAUCAACUAAACAUUUGGAGUAUUUAACACAAAACCAAAGAUACCAGGCAUUGCGGACCCAAGAGGGUCUUUAAUGAAAAUUUGGGGAGAGAUAUUCCUUUAAUUACAUUUACAUGAUAACGUACAAAACGGGGGAAAGAUGCAAAGUAAUCUGACACCUGCAUUGGCUCUUCUGCUGAAUCAAAUCAAAGCAGUAACGCGUAGUACGAACGGGUGAUAUGUCACUUCAGUGUAAACCCUGCAUAUUUUCAUUGAUACUUGAUAGGGACUUAAAGCAACUCGAAGACACUACACUACACUAGCUUUGUCAGGUUGUAAUAAAGUAGACACAUACCUACGGGUACGGUAUCUACUUUUUUUUUUUGGGCUGAAGCAUAUCUAAUCGAUUGCUAGGCGAAAAUGCAUUUUACCUCCUAGGCAUCCAAAGUAGGUAAAAGGGUGCAGAUUUGACUUGUUGAAAUAAUGUCGCUGAAGAAAUGAGCUGGCAACUAUCAAGCCAUAAAGGCAUGAAAAUAAAAACAAGUUCACUGA